CAUACGGUCAAGUUUGCCGACCAGAGCGACCAGGAAAUCCUCGUGGUGACAGUCGAACCGCCCUCGCCGACUCCUCCGGCCAGCCCCGGAGAUCAUCAGCGGCAAGUGCAUCAUCGUCGUCGUCGUCCAUCACCGGACGCAGCACCGGAAAAGCCACCGCGCCUGUUCAGCAGUUGCCAGUUGCCGGCCCUCGAGCUAGCCACCUACCCGAAGGGAACUCCUCAUCCAGCUGCAGACCCAGGUGGGAAACAGCAACAGCAACCGCGGGAAAAAGUUAAAUCAACCGAACCGAGCGACCGCCGGUCGAAAAGUGCAAAAAAGUCUGCUGCUGCAGCCGGCGGCACAAAAAAGCGGAAGGAGGCCCCACCGGCGGAAAGGCGUCUGCUGGAGGGAUGCACGACUCUCAUGUACGCCUGCCAGCAGGGACUCACCGAGGAAAUUGUUAAGGAAUUGCGCGAAAAGCCGGACGUCGUCCAUCGGCGGGAUCGGAACAACAAGAGCGCCCUACACUACGCCAGUGGAUCCCGGGAUAUUUUGGCUGCCGCCAGCGUCGCCAUGGUGGCGCCCGAGCUGAUUGAAUCCGCUGACGAGGACGGAUUCACACCGCUGCAUUUGGCCGUCAUACAGGGCAACCUGCAGCUGGUCAAUCUGCUGCUAGCGAAUGGGGCCGAUGUGAACGCGCUGGACAACGAGGGACACUCGGUGGUGCACUGGGCUACGGUAUGCGGCGAAGUGGAAGCCCUGCGUGCCGUUCUCGCGGCCGGUGCCGAUGUCUCAACGCCAGAUAUCAACGGAGGAAGUCCGCUGCAUUAUGCGGCCCAGAUGUGCGGUGCCAACUACGAAGGCAAAACGGCUCGUGCCUCGGCCAAACUUGCGUUGGAAAUCCUAAACACCCUACUGGUCCAUCCGGAUACUUCGGUUGAAGUAGAGGAUAAGGAUGGCCGGCAGCCGCUGCUGUGGGCUGCCUCGGCCGGCUCUGCCAAGGCUGUCCUGGCUUUGAUCAAAGCCGGUGCGCAUGUCGAGAGUGCAGAUAAGGACGGACUGACCGCUCUCCACUGUGCGGCAUCCCGGGGACACACGGAGUGCAUCGACACGCUGAUUAACCUAUCCGGAGCGCACACGGAUCAGAUAGACUCGAAUGGUUGCACGGCACUACACUACGCCGUUACGCUUGGCCACGCGGAUGCGACCUCGCUGCUGUUGAAGCUUGACGCAGACCCUAACCGACAGGAUCGGAAAGGACGCACGCCGGCUCAUUGUGGGUGCGCCAAGGGUCAGAUGGAAACGGUGAAAAUUCUACACACCAAAAAGGGCAAUCUUUGGUUAAGGAACGCGAAAGGUGAUUUUCCGGUUCACGACGCGGCAAGCUCGGGUCGUAGACAGUUGGUUCAGUGGCUUCUGCAGCAAAAACCGAAGCACCUCAACACGCCCAGCAAUGAUGGGCGUACUUUGCUGCACAUCGCCGCUGGCCAUGACAACGUAGACAUGUGUAAACUCCUGCUGGAAUUGGGAGCCGAAGUAAAUAAUCUGUACCGACCGACUUCCAAGAGCGCACCACUGACUCCAUUAGAUUACGCCCUGGCGAAAGGCUUCCGCUCGGCGGCAAAGUACCUCCAGAUGCAAGGUGGUCUUCCAGCGAACAAACUGCGGCUUUCCAGCCGACAGCAGAAGAUUCUUCCAGACAUCGACAAGGUGGAACCACUGAAGCUAACCGAAAAGGAGGAAUUGAUAGAUCUGAAGACCUCCAAACGGUACGUGGUCUACAUGAACUCCAACACCGACUCGGAGCAUGAGGACGAACACUCGCAUCGCAAGAGUCGUCACAAACGGAAAGGAAGCCAUCGUGGUCGACGCACCAGCAGUUGCAGUGACUCUGCCCAUUACUAUCGGGAGGGAGCCGCCGAUAUCAGCCGCUCCCGAAGCAAUGUAGAGCUGAACAGGGGUCACCAUCACCACAGUAAACACCGCCACAGUUCGUCUUCUUCAUCCGCCAGCGAGACGUCUUCAGAUGAGUGUUGCAAGCACAUUAAACGGAAGCACAAGUGCUACCGGAAGUGUUCGUCCAAGUCAUCACGGUCUAAGGACCGCUCACAUCGGGACCGUGACCGGGAGCGAGACCGACCUGAGAGAGAACCAAAGGAUCUGAAGGAGUACGAGUUUAUGUAUGCGGAAAAACGCGAGCCCCGGAAACCAGGCGAGCGAAUUGGUCGGAUAGUGCUGAAACAGGUGCAGAGUGGCUCCUCGGAGAAUGAAUCUGGUCAGGAGUAUGGGCGGACGAAGGGGGGUAAAAAUGGGCGGCACUCGUUGCUGACCGUGCCGGGCGAGAUGGUGGCUGGUUUGAAUGGUGGUUUUUUAGAGGAACAGUUCGUACCUAAAACGCCUCCCAGAGCGGAGUUUAACAUUAGGAAGGAAUCGGAUACCAAAUCGGAAGGGAAGUCUUCUGACUCGGGAUCGAAGAAGUCGCUGAAAAAGGGGAAAGGAAAUGGAAAGAAGACGAAGACAAACGGGAAGAAAGCGGAAGAGGUGGGGAAACAGACGACGCCGCAAUCGCAGGGAGAGAAGGUUGUGACGGAGGCCCAGAUACAUCCGAUUCCUGAUGUGAUGACGAAGUCGAUCGAAGACGAUGGAGCUGCUACGGAUGCGACCUAUACAAUCGAGCAGAAAACAAAGUCGGACUUCGAGGGGUUCAGCGAAACAGAGUCCGGUGAGAAGGUGAAGGGAGUUGGUAAGCUGAAAAGUAAGGUUGGGACAGAAACGAUAGUGGAGGCAAAGGAAGAGAGUAUGCAAGAAAGUCCUGUUGUGACCCCUUUGGAGGUUCAGGAGGAAGUGGCGCCUCCGAAAAAAGAGCGACCCAAGUUAAAGUCUAGUAAGGACAGCAAAUCGAGUAAGUCGAAAUCGCACUCGUCCGAGAAAGAGAUACCCGAGCUGAAGAUGAAACCGAAGGUUGCGGAGCUGCCUCCCGUGCCGGAGCCGCCUCCAGAACCUGAACCAGUGCCAGAGCCAGAACCGGAGCCAGAGCCGGAACCGGAGUCUGUGCCCGAGCCAGAACCUGUACCGGAACCGGAUCCGGAACCUGAACCUGAACCUGAACCUGAACCCGAACCCGAACCCGAACCAAUGGCGGAGGUACCGCAAUUAGAAGAGGAGACACCACCGGAAUUGAUCGUUGAGCCAGAGCCAGAACCACCGAUUGAGGAGGCUGUCGUUCCACAAGAACCAGAACCAGCACCGCCAGAGCCUGAACCAGAACCCGAACCCGAGCCACAACCAGAACCUGAACCAUUGCCUGAACCAGAACCGGAGCCAAUCCCCCCGGCCCCUGUAAUCGAGAUAAUAGAACAACCAGAAUCCGAGAUUGAGCCACCUGAACAUGAAGUGCCGUCAGCAGAAGAAAUGGUAGAGAAGGAAACGGAAGCAGCUGCCAGCGAGGAACAGCCCCGCCCGAAAUUGCAGAGAUCAUCUGAAUCGAUAAUGGAACCUGUCGAAGCGGAGGAAACCCCUCCGAAGGAUGACGAUGCGGUUGUGCCACUGGUUACGGAGACAGCCGUCGAUCAAGAUAAAGUGGACAAAACGAGAGGUUUCUUCGUGAGUUUAGGGGGAGAAGGCGAGGGCGAUGAAAAAACAAAACCAAAACGAAAGCUGAAGAAAAAAAGCCGUUCGAAAGAGGGUGAUGAAGAGGCACAAAGCAGCAAAGAUCAGGAUUCCGGGUUCGAACCAAGUCCGCAGUCGGUGCGGAGCAAACCUACGCUAUUCGAAAGGCCGACGAGUACGGCUGUGCUGACCAGAAAGCCAGCGUUCACCAUGGUCGAUGCGAGGGCGGUAAGUUCACGACCCGAAGGGAGGAAGCCUGGGGACAAAAACGCCGUCAAUAUGACCACCGUCCAACAGUCGAUCCAUCGCAAUAUACGAAGAUACUACAUGGAAAGAAAAAUUUUCCAGCACCUGCUCGAGCUGAAAAGCCUCCAGAUCCGCUCGACCAAGGUGAACGAGAGUGUGCUGGUGAAGCGGGCCGUCGACGACUACCACAAGUCGACGAUCGAGCUGGGCUACGAGACGGGGUCGACGCUCAAGCGCUACCCGUACUCCGAGUACUCGUUCAAGAACUUCGAACUGUUCCUGUACGAUACGCUCAAAAGUUUGCAGAAGCGCGAGACGUACAACUUCCAGAACAUCUCCGAGGUUUACGACGAGGCCGAGCGUCGUCUCAGUCCGGACGUUAGCCGAUACGAAAGAGCGUUGAACUGCACCACCAAAACCCAUCGCUGCCUGCAUGCGACCCAUGCCUACACGGGGAUACCUUGUGCAGCCUACAUUCCCAUGAUGAACCACCACACGAUACCGAAGCUCGGAUUUGGUCCGUACAAAACCUCUUCCACCGGGGUUGGGAGCUUUUUCCUGCCGAAAAUCCUCACCAAUCCAACGGAUCGCAACUGCCCCGGGAGCAGCGGUUACGCCGCGUCAGGUUUCGCCGGCAGUGGGGGUGGCGUCGGCGGCGGUAGUAAGGGAAGUCCGCGGAAAGUCAGCCUCAGCAGCCAGCUUCCCCUGGCCGGCAGCAACAGCAACAGCAGCAGCCGCAGUCCCAGCGCGCUGGUAAUGCCCAGCAUCCACAACAGCAGCAGUCCCACUCAGGUCUCCUUCCAGCAGUUGUAGAGGAGGACUCCAAUCUUGACUCUAGCUCCCAGCAGGAAGCCAGCGGCUCGUCCGGCACCGGUCCUCCCGCCUAGUACUGGCUUGCGGCUGGGUUUGCUGGACAGCAACACUACUGCCAGAACAGUGUCUUCGCCUUUAUUUUUAUUUUUUUCUCUACAGUGGUAUUCGUAGAUAUGUAUCUUAUCGUGAAGUCUAUUGGUAAUUUUAAUCCAGAAAAGCAGAAUCGAAAUCUAAGGAGGGAACUGUUAGGUGUUUUGUAUUGGUCGUACAAAUGGUAGUGAAUUGGAUGUGACGGUGUUAUUAUGUGAGAAAUCAGGAAACGUUACUUUUGUUGUUUUCGGAUCGAAUGUCAUCCUGUGUAAAUAUGCAAAUAUACAGAUAUACAGUAAUGUUUAGCGGGCCUAGUCCUGUGAUGGGCAGGCUUACCUUUGAUUUCAACUUGUUAGUGUUUUCUUUUAUUUGAGGAUCCCCAAUGCUGUUACGUUCGUGUUAGAUGGACUCUUGUGUGGUAUUGAGUGUCUCCCAAAAGAUGAAAAAUGAGUAUCAAUACGCCCAGCAAUCACUGUCUUUUGAUUUGUUACCUAAAAACGUCAAUCAAUAUGUAUGUCUUAAAAUCUCCUGUAGUUUGCCGAUACUUUCACAAUUCCUCUUGUGUACGAACCUUCACGGUUAACUUCAUGGCUUGUAAGCUUUUUGCGUAUAAACAAUGCUAUGUACGAAUAUCAAUAUGGUUCUCGAGAAGGCUGUGGAACAAUGACCGCUAUUAUCGAGCUCGUUGAUGAACUGAUUUGUGAAAUUGAUCAAAAAAAGAUCGUAGGUGGCUUAUUUAUCGAUCCUAAAAAAGCUUUUGACACUUUAGAUCAUGAAAUUUUGCUUAAAAAACUUGAAAGAUAUGGUAUAAGAGGAGUUGCUAACGAUUUGAUGAAAAGCUACCUAUCUGAUCGAAAACAAUUCGUUAUGUUUAAUGGUGUUCGCAGUGACUUACGCUCAAUUGACAUGGGAGUUCCUCAAGUAAGCAACAUAGGUCCUUUACUCUUUUUGAUGUUCAUCAAUGAUUUAGGAAAUUUAAAACUACAUGGUAUACCGAGACUUUUUGCAGAUGAUUCAGCUUUAUUUUACCCUCGUCCUAAUGUUGAAUCCAUCGUAGCUGAUAUGGAAUCAGAUCUAGCGGCUCUCAUGGAAUAUUUUAGUGGUAAUCAUCUCACACUAAACCUUACUAAAACAAAAUAUAUGGUUUUUCAUUCGCCACGCAAGAAAAUCUGUCAACAUCUCGAUCCGUCUGUCAGGAACAUGUCAAUUGAGAAGGUCACAUCUUUGAAAUAUUUAGGGCUACAUUUAGAUUCUUGUCUUUCAUGGGACACUCAUAUAAAUCAUGUAUCGAGAAAAGUUUCAACUCUAUGUGGUCUCAUGAAAAGAGUACGUUGUUUUGUGCCUAAAGAAGCGCUGCUGCGUUUUUAUUUCGCAUGUAUUCAUUCCAUACUCCAAUAUUUAAUCGUUGUGUGGGGUCAUGCUGCCAAAUCAAAAUUUAAAAAAAUCCAAACACUUCAGAACAGAUAUGUGAAAGUAAUCUUUAAUCUACCGUUCCGAUAUCCGACAAUUUCGAUCUACACUAGUUUACACCACAGAAUUAUUCCUAUUUUAGGAUUGUGUGAUACUCAAACUAUUAUGUUUGUACAUAAUACAUUGCAUAAUCGUAAUUUCCAUCAUAACAUAAAUUUUUCAACUCGAGUGAACCUUCCGAAUACGAGAAAUGCA